CUUCAACUAUUCAAAAAACUGAACACUUCAACAAUUAAAUAAAUAAACAAAUAAAUAACCCAAAGUCCAAGAUCAUCAUCCACCACUAUAUAUAUAUAUAAUCAUCCCAACCUCAACAUUUCUUCUAUCCAAAACAACCCCUCCCAAAACUAUAAAGUAUCCAAAUUCCUAAGCAAUGUCUUCUUCCUCCUCAUCGAAACGCAUCGUUUCGGUCCCUCUAUUGGCCUUAGCCAUACAACUUCUCUUUAUACACAGCGUUUUGUCCCAAAGCCAGAACAAUGCGUUCCUCUACCACAAGUGCUCUGACAUCGAAGGGAACUUCACGUCGACGAGUCCGUACGAAUCAAAUAUCAACAGUCUCCUUCGUCUUCUCUCUUACAGAGUUCCAUCCACCGGUUUCGCCUCCUCCUCCGCUGGUAACGGUCCAGACAACGUCAACGGUUUGGCCCUUUGCCGCGGCGAUGCCUCUUCCUCUGACUGUCGCUCUUGUCUUGCGACCGCCAUUCCCGAGCUCCGUCAGAGAUGUCCGACCAACAAGGCAGGAAUAAUAUGGUACGACAACUGUCUUGUCAAGUAUUCCUCAACCAAAUUCUUCGGGAAGAUCGAUUUCGAGAACAGGUUCUAUUUGUACAACGUCAACAACGUGACCGAUCCUGCAUCGUUUAACACGCAGACGAAAGCUCUUUUAACCGAGCUGACGAUGAAGGCCACUGCUGGAGACAACGAGAAGCUGUUUGCGACUGGGGAGAAGAAUCUCGAGAAGAAUAAGCUGUACGGAUUGGUGCAGUGUACGAGGGACUUGAGGAGUGAGAGUUGUAAGGCGUGUUUGGAUGGGAUUAUUGGUGAGAUUCCUAACUGUUGCGAUGGUAAAGAAGGAGGGAGAGUUGUGGGUGGGAGUUGUAACUUUAGGUAUGAAAUUUACCCUUUUGUUAAGAUUGCUUGAUUAAGAGAUGCAAGUUAAAAAAAAGUGGUUUAUAUAUAGCCUAAUGCGGUCUUAAUUUGUUAUUGGUGGAGUCAGUGGGAUAUGUAUAGAAAAAUGUAUUGAUGUCUGAAUAAUAUAUGUUGAGCCAACAAAAUUUAGUAGCUUUUGAGUUUUUUUUAUAAAUAAAAUUCGGUUUGGCAAUA